GCGAGAAGAGAUGAAAGCGGGACGGCAGGAGGGCGUGAGUGCCCCAGCGGUGGAGCCAGCAGGGAGCCUCUGGGUGGCUGUCGAAGAAGGCGGGAUGGAGAAGGCAGGACUCUAAAAGGAGCAUCUCUGGCGAGGAGCAGCCGGAUUCUUCCUCGUCACGGAGGAAAAGAGGUGCGCUCCGGCACGUCCGCACAUUUGACGAUGGGCGAUCCAGGAUCCCGCGCGUCGAAUUCCACGUAAAAUUCCAAAGAUUCUGGAGGGUGCUUUAAGUUGCAAAGAAGCAGCGCAAGUUCGUAGAAAAAGAUGGCCAAUUUCAAAGGUCAUGCUCUUCCUGGAAGUUUUUUCCUUUUGUUUGGCUUGUGGUGGUCUGUGAAAUACCCAUUUAGGUACCUCUGUCAAAGGAGGAAAAAUAUUUAUCUUGGUUCUAAGGCAGGAUUUCAACGCUUAGAACUUACAGAAGGCGUAAUCAAGGUUGUCUUUGCUCUCAUUGGUAUGAUAGCAGAGCAGUUUGUUCCUGAUGGACCUCAUUUGAAGCUAUAUAAUAAUGAAAAAAAACAGUGGAAUUAUUUAAUGAAUUGGCAGCAUGCAACCAUGUACCUCUUCUAUGGCAUCUCAGGGAUAGUGGACAUUGUGGCCAACAGCACAAAUGUAUUACCAGAGGCCUUAGAUCGAAUGAUGCUCUCACUUGCUGUUUUUGUGGAAGGUUUUCUAUUUUAUUUUCACAUCCAUGGACGUUCCAUGUUAGAUUUGCAUGUUCAUCAAUUACUUUUGAUAACUAUCUUUGGAGGUGCUAUCUGCAUAUUCUUGGAAGUCUUUUCCCACAAUAGCAUUGUUCUUGAGAUGUUCCGAACAAGUCUUUGUAUAUUGCAAGGAAGUUGGUUCUGGCAGAUUGGAUUUGUCCUUUACCCUCCAAGAAGUACAGAAUGGAACCAAAUGGAUCAUGAUAACAUCAUGUUUCUUACCAUGUGCUAUUGCUGGCAAUUAUGCAAUUUCACUUUUAUCAUGGCAGUCAAUUAUACUCUAGUCAGCUGGGUGGUUCGUACCAAAAUAAUGCAAGUUCCAUCCAUGGAAAUUGGAUUACUGAAAACAUCUGAGCGAGAACUGGAGUCAGAAGAUGAAAUUUAAUUCUACAGAAACAUUUUCUUAUAGUUCACUUUCUAUUUUAGUAUUUCUAAUGAUUGGUGAUUCUAUCCCCCCCCCAUUAUUUAGUCUUAAAAAAUUUAGACUUUAAUUUAAGAAAAUUUCAUUACAGCACUGUUUUCCUCAAUUGAAGUAGAAACAUAUGGCAUUAUAGCAGUAGCAUCUCAAAUGUGAAUCAGUUCUGGCAAUUAAAAAAAUAGUGGAUCCACUCUUUCAUUGUUUUGGGGUAAACUGGGAAAUGUUCACAUAUUUUUCAAAAGGCAGAUGCAAUCGUAAUGCAACAGAAAAAUGGAUAUAUAUUAAAAUAGUAAAAUGGAUCAGUUAUACAUUAAAACUAUUUAUAAACAAAGAAUUUCUAAGAUAGAUUUAACAUUUAUAUUUGUAAAUGUAUUACUUUGUUUUUUAUUUCUGUAAUUAUUUAAUAUCGAAGAA